GACAUACAAGAAAAUAUGAUUGAAGCUAUUAAACAAAAAAGCGCCAAAAACUUGACCGCCGUUUCAAAUAAUGGAGUCAUGGAGAAGGCUAUGUUUGCUGAUUUUGCUAUUUUCAAGGCUCAAAAGGCUGAUCCCUAUGGUAAUUUGGUUUUCAUUAAGGCUGCCCGUAACUUCAAUGCCGCUAUGUGCCGUGCUGCUAAAGUCACCAUUGUUGAGAUCGAAUAAAUUGUGCCCGUUGGUGCUAUUGAUCCCGAUAAAAUCCAUAUUCCUGGCAUUUAUGUUAAGCGUAUCUUCAAGGGUACCAACUAUGAGAAACGUAUCGAAAAGGUACGCAUUACUAAGACUGCCUCUACCAAGAAAUCGGCUCCCACACCAGCCCAGUCCGUACGUGAACGUAUUGCUAAACGUGUUGCCAUGGAGUUCCGUGAUGGUAUGUAUUCCAAUUUGGGUAUUGGUAUGCCCGCACUCGCCUCCAAUUACAUCCCUAAGGGCAUGUUGCAAUCGGAAAAUGGUAUUUUGGGUUUGGGUCCCUUACCUACUAAGGAUGAGUUAAUUAAUGCUGUUAAGGAAACUGUUACCGUCGUACCUUGUUUCUUUGGUUCCGAUGACAGUUUUGCCAUGAUCCGUGGUUGUCAUGUGGAUUUGACUGUUUUGGGUGCUAUGCAAGUGUCGGCUACUGGUGUUUUGGCCAAUUGGAUGAUUCCAGGUAAACUUGUUAGAGUUAUGGGUGGUGCUAUGGAUUUGGUAGCUACUCCCGGUACUAAAGUGGUUGUUACCAUGGAACACAAUGCCUGUGAUGGUUCUCCCAAAAUUUUGGACUCCUGCUCUAUGCCUUUGACCGGCAAAAAUGUUGUUGAUUUAAUUAUUACCAAAAAGGCUGUUUUCCAAGUUGAAAAGGGUGGCGUUAAUAACAUUACCGCCUGCACUGGAGCUAAAUUCAUUGUUUCUCCCAAUGUUGAGAAAAUGUCUCAAAUUGAUUUUUUUGUAUUCAGGCUGUUUUCCAAGUUGAAAAGGGUGCUGCGUUAAUAUUAUUACCGCCUGCACUGGAGUUUCAUUGUUUCUCCUAAUGUUAAGAAAAUGUCUCAAAUUGAUGUAUAAUUUGUUGGGUACAUUUGCUGUCGUACCUCAACCUCCUCCCCUUCAUUAAUUUUUAGUUAAAUACAUAAUGAAAUGUAAUUUAUUCUUAAAUUUAUAUUAAGUCGUACUAAGAUGUGAAUUGCAUUAAUAUUUCUUAAUCUACAAUGUAAAGUUAUACUUAAGCGUGAUAAAAGAUUGCAUUUAUUUUAAUAUUAAACAA